AUGACCUCUUCUGAACCCGUCGCCGCACAACAGCAGCAGUCCGAUCCUCCCGCCAAGCGAGUCAAGACCUCCUCCAACGACGCUCCCGUCCCCGCCGCCAUGGAGCCCUGCCCACCUCUCCAGAUCAAGAAGCUCUCCGACAAGGCUCGCCUGCCGACCCGCGGCAGCUUGUUCGCCGCCGGCUACGACCUCUACGCCGCAAAAGUCACCACCAUCCCGGCCCGCGGCAAGGCUAUGGUCGACACCGACAUUGCCAUCUCCGUCCCUGCUGGCACCUACGGCCGCGUCGCCCCCCGCUCCGGCCUCGCCUCCAAGAACUUCAUCGACACGGGCGCCGGCGUCAUCGACGCCGACUACCGUGGCCAGGUCAAGGUCCUCCUCUUCAACCACGCCGACACGGACUUUGAGGUCGCCGAGGGCGACCGCAUCGCCCAGCUCAUCAUUGAGCGCAUCUUCACCCCCGAGGUCGUCGAGGUCGCCGAGCUCGAGGAGAGUGUGCGCGGCGCUGGCGGCUUCGGCAGCACCGGUGUUUCUCUUGCGCAGUAG